AUGGCCUCUUCUUCUGACCGACCUAUGGAACCUGCUCGUGAAGGUUCGGGUACCUCUGUUCCCCAACCUCAUGCACUAGAAGAGGUUGGAGAACCUUUCUUGAAUCAAUAUGUUCCCCACACUAGUGGGUCUGAAGUGGGAAACCAUCAGGGUGUAAGAGCUGGUUCACAUCCUCACAUAAGUCGUAGUACUCAAUCCAUGAAUCUUUUUUUUCAACAAAUGGCUGAAUUCUUCCACCACAUGGCUGAAGCGAUGCAUGAUCCCAACGUGAUUAACUUUGAGAAAAUGAGGAAAAUGGGUGGAGUGGAGUUUGAAGGCACCGUUGAUCCCAGUGAUGCUGAACAAUGGCUGGAGCGCAUAGAGAGGGUAUUUGAGCAGAUAAAGUGUUCAGAUGUUACCAAAUUUAAGUAUGCUAUUUCACUAUUACAAAAGGAUGCGUACGAUUGGUGGGUAAGUGUUCCAAAUGCCAAGGUAAAACCUCUUGUUCUUACUUGGGAUUAUUUUCUUAGGGAAUUUCGUAUGAAGUAUGUCCCACCUGCUUAUUGUGAUGCAAAAAGAAAGGAGUUUUUGAAUUUAAGGCAACGAGGCAUGUAUAUUGUUGAGUACCAACAAAGGUUUCUAAGGCUCUCUCGUUACGCUGGAGGUAUUAUUAAAGAGGAAAAAGACAAGUACAGGAAAUUUGAAGAUGGUUUAAAUGAUUCCAUUAGAAAGAAUGUGGCGAUCCUGCAACAUGAAAACUUUUGUGCAAGAACUAAAAACAAGCAAGCAACAUGUACAAGUGGAGCUAAUCAAGCUAGUGGACAAAGGACUACUGCACGCGCUUAUGCUAUGAGGCAGAGGGAUGAGCAAGAUGGACAAAACGUGGUUGUCGGUAAAUUUCACUUGUUUGGCUUAUGUGUGUUUACACUGAUUGAUCCUGGUUCUACACAUUCCUAUAUUUGUUCAUCAGUUGUUCUUCUUGAAAAUGUGAAAUCUAUGAGACUUAAUUAUGAUGUGUUGGUUGAAAGUCCUUUGGGUUAUCAGAGCUUAAAGUACUUGGGUACUCAGAAGGAGCUAAACCUUCGACAACGUAGAUUGCUUGAACUCAUCAAGGAUUAUGACUGCACGAUUUAUUAUCAUCCAGGUAAAGCCAAUGUGGUUGUAGAUGCCUUAAGUCGAAAAUCCUUUGCUAGCAUUUCUUUGAGUCCUUUACCCUUGCUUCUUGAGUUAAGAGCCAUGAAUGUUUGUUUUACACUUGAUUCAAAUGGUUCAGUUAUUGCUAAUUUGCAAGUAAAGCCAAUAUUACUUGAACAGGUGAAGAAAGCACAAAAGUUGAAUGAGAAACUUAUAAAAUUUACGAGAGAAGUUCAAAAUGGGGGAAAACUUGAUUUUACAUUGAUAGAGGAUGGUGUCUUAUUUUAUCAGAACAAGUUAGGCGUCCCUAAUGAUGACAAAUUGAGGAGAAAAAUACUGAAUGAAGCACAUAUUUCACCAUAUGCAAUGCAUCCUGGAGGUACAAAGAUAUACCAGACCAUCAAAGAACAUUAUUGGUGGAAUGGUAUGAAGAGAGACAUUACGGAGUUCAUUUCCAAAUGUUUGGUUUGUCAACAAGUAAAAGCAGAACAUCAUGUCCCAGUUGGUUUACUACAGCCCUUGUCGAUGCCGGAAUGGAAAUGGGAGAGAAUAACUAUGGACUUUGUUUGUGGACUUCCUCGUACCUAA